ACCCCGGAGCUGUCCCAGUUUCUGUCGGGGAGCCCAUCCCCAGGCCUCCUUUCCCCUCCCCUGGGGCUCCCCGGUCCCUUCCGACCCUGCUUUUGCUCCGUCCCCGGGUGGUCCAGGCUCCAGCCCCACUCGCCAUGGCGUCCUCUGCAGCUGCAGGGUCCAACUGGGGCCUGAUCAUGAACAUUGUGAAUAGCAUCGUGGGGGUGAGCGUCCUCACCAUGCCCUUCUGCUUCAGACAGUGUGGCAUUGUCCUGGGAGCCUUGCUGCUGAUUUUCUGUUCCUGGAUGACUCAUCAAUCCUGUAUGUUCCUGGUGAAAUCGGCCAAUCUUAGCAAGCGCAGGACCUAUCCAGGACUUGCAUUUCAUGCCUAUGGAAAAGCAGGGAAAAUGCUGGUGGAGACCAGCAUGAUUGGGCUGAUGUUGGGAACCUGCAUUGCUUUCUACGUUGUGAUUGGUGACUUGGGAUCAAACUUCUUCGCCCGGUUGCUUGGACUACAGGUAACUGGCAGCUUCCGGAUAAUCCUGCUGUUUGCUGUCUCCCUCUGUAUCGUCCUUCCGUUGAGCCUCCAGAGGAACAUGAUGGCUUCCAUACAGUCGUUCAGUGCUAUGGCGCUGAUCUUUUACACUGUGUUUAUGUUUGUGAUUGUGCUCUCCUCUUUCAAACACGGCCUCUUUGGUGGGCAGUGGCUGAAGCGGGUCAGUUACAUGCGCUGGGAGGGCAUUUUCCGCUGCAUUCCUAUCUUCGGCAUGUCUUUCGCCUGUCAGUCCCAGGUCUUGCCGACCUACGAUAGCCUGGAUGAACCGUCCGUUAAAAUAAUGAGCUCCAUAUUUGCCUCCUCUCUGAAUGUGGUCACCACCUUCUAUGUUACGGUGGGAUUCUUUGGUUACGUGAGCUACACGGAAGCCAUCGCUGGGAACGUGCUCAUGAACUUCCCCUCCAACCUGGUGACGGAGAUGAUUCGAGUGGGAUUCAUGAUGUCGGUAGCUGUUGGGUUCCCGAUGAUGAUUCUGCCAUGCAGACAGGCGUUGAACACCCUUCUCUUUGAGCAGCAGCAAAAAGACGGCACCUUUGCUGCGGGGGGUUACAUGCCACCCCUUCGAUUUAAAGCCCUCACGCUGGCCGUUGUGUUUGGAACCAUGGUUGGAGGCAUCAUGAUCCCAAAUGUGGAGACCGUCUUGGGCCUAACAGGUGCAACAAUGGGAAGCCUCAUCUGUUUUAUCUGCCCAGCUCUUAUUUACAAGAAAAUCCACAAGAAUGCCCUUUGCUCACAGCUCAUCUUGGGGAUCGGCCUGGGAAUCCUGGUUAUUAGCACCUAUACCACCUUGUCGGUGAUGGAGGACACGCCCGUGAAAACGGAAGCAGUGGAACUGGCUGAUCCGCUGAAAGAAGCCAAGAAUGUAAUAGACCAAGAUCAAGUCAAAAUACCAGUCCAGGACCCAGUUGCGGAAGGGGCGGAGGACAGCCGCGAGAAACCGAAGCUGCCGAACGAGAAGGAAGAGAUGGAACAGCCGCAGAUCAAGGUGCCCAUGGACGUGCCCAAGAGAGACGAAGCGAAGGCCAAGCAGGAGGAGGAAGUGCAGCUCGACCGGCCUGACCAGGGGAUCGCUUUACCUGUGGGAGAAGCCCAUCGCCAUGAGCCACCUGUCCCACAUGACGCAGUUGUCGUAGAUGAGGGGCAGGACCGUGAAGAAUCUAAGGAGAACAAGCGUCCACCUGAAGAAGCCAAGGCAAAUCGGCUCAAGCCGGCCGUGGAGAAGGCUGCACAGCUGGAUCCCAAGAGAGAGGAGCCCAACCUGGAACCAGGAAAGGAAGAUGGGGCUCACAACCAGCUCGAGAGAGAGGUUGACAGGCCCCUCGAGGACCCGAAGAAUGCCCCGGAGGUGCGACGAGAUGGCCGACCGCUGUACAAAGAUCUGGAGCCCGGCAAGCAGGUGGUCGAACCAAGGUCACUGGCUGUCCUACCUGGGGGCGAAAAGAGAGCUGAGGCUGCAGGUGGAAGAGAGAAUGCAAAUCUCCAGCAGGCUGGGAACGUUGCGGAGGCUGUGAAGUCUGUAGAGAAGGAAAUUGACCCUGGUGAGAAGCAGGAGCUGCUCCCGCCCGACAGGCUGGAUCCAGCGCAGGUGCAGCAACCGCAGCAGAGAGAGAUCCGAAAUGCUGAGGACAAGCCGCAGGAGAACGGCGACAGCAGGCUGGAGGAAGCUGGGAAGGCAAAGGUGCUUGAUCAUGCCGUCCUGCUGCAAGUGAUUAAAGAACAGCAAGUGCAGCAAAAGCAGCUACUAGACCAGCAGGCGAAACUGCUCGCUGUGAUUGAAGAGCAGCAUAAGGAAAUGCACCAGCAGAGGCAGGAGGAGGGAGGCGAGGAGAAGCCAAAGCAAGCAGAAAUACCACAGGAGCCUGAUCUGCCUCUUGCAAAGAGCAAAGAGGAAGAGGGCCGAGACGUUAAAGCAGAUGUUGCUGCAAAGCACCUUCCUAAGGAGAUAUUGGACCCUCCUCAGCCAGGGCCUGGCAAUCAGCCUGUUGACUUAGUGGAGCAACACCAAGGGAAUGUAGAUGGUCUGGAAGAGGCUGUGCACAGACCUAGAAUGAAGUUUCCUGUUCAAGUCAGCGUAGCUGGGCCUAAAAUUCCCGAGGCUCUUCCUAAGGGUGGGAAGGUCCCACAACACAAGGCGAACAAAGUCAUUAAAAACUCUCUAGAGAACUUAGGGGAUCCACUUCAUAGCGAUGAUUCACGACAAGCCAAUGACAUAGGACAUGCAGUCCAGGCAGCAGGAAACCAUCCAGAGAAGCCCGCAGCCAAGGAAUUGGGGGGAGGGCAUGAAGCCAAAGGUGUGGGAGAUAGCCAAGAGCAGAAGAGUGCCCUGGAAGCUGGAGAGGUGGUGGCAGGAGCAGUCACUGACACCCAGAGACAGCUGCCAAGGGCUGUCAAAGCUCAGGAGACAGCAGGGAAGGGUCCAGAACGAGUCUUUGGUGCGGACUCUAAAACCAAACCAGCAAAUAAAGAGGCGCCCAAAGAUCUGGAACUUCCAUUGGACUCUUCAAAUAAACUGCAAGUAGCAGAGAACGUGCAGCGUAAACAGGAACAUCCGAGACCUGGAAAUGACGACCAGGCCGAUGGAGCUGGCAGCAAGCGGCAGCAGGCUUCCCAGGUCGAUCAGGCCGGCAAAGUGGAGGCUAAGAAAGAAGUUCUCCGGGGAAAGGCAGUGGAUAUGGAGCAGGGUCCUCAGGGAAGCCACUUGAACAAGCAAAAGGUCCUGGAUGAAAAACUUCUCAAAGAUCCUGCUGAGAAGAAUGCCUUUGAGAACGACGUUGCCUUAAAGCAUGAGAAGGGAGCAGCCCCCCUUGCGGAUCAGAAACCAGACCAGGAGAACGUCAAACCAAACCGGGACCUGAAACUGCAGGCUGACUUGGACCUCCGGAGGAGGAGACGGGACCUGCCGCCUCGCCUGGAGGAGGAGACUGAGGCGAGCGAAGGUGUCAUCAUUGGUCUCAACCCUCUUCCGGAUGUGAAAGUGAACGACCUCCGCAGCGCCCUGGAGACCAGAUUAAACCAGGCAGCGGAAGGUGCCCAGCAGGUGGUUCACAGUCGGCAGAUCAAACAAAUGGCAGAGGAGGAGGUGUGAUGAGACCCGGCCUUGCUCUAUUGGUUGUGAAGCCGUUAUCGCUCCUAAUGUCUGCGGUAUCCAACAUUCCGCUUAUCAAGUGACCAUUUGGACUCCAGUUGCAUACACGACUGCUGACAGUCUAACCCAGCAGCACUUCACUUGGACUGGGCCCCAACACUCCUCGGGCUGAUUCUGACCUCAGACUACUCUCUCCAUGGAAUUGGGGGCCGCCAUGGCCCAUCCAUUUACUUCGAUGUUAACGUCCUGCCCGUGUUUGUCAUUGGGGUGACUGGAGAGACCCAGAAAGAGAAGCUCCGACUGCCCUCUGGCUUUCAAAGGUCCUCCCCAUUCCCAAAGGAUCUGUGCUGUUUGGUUCAUGUUGAAUUGCCUUGUCCGUCCUGCCCCAAUUUGCCCAUUCAGUAUUGAAGCACAUCCCCAGGUUGCUCAAACUGUCUCCUUGCAAAUGUUUCUUCAAUAAGUGCAUUGAGUUGCUUAGUCCAACUUAUCUGGGCCUCGAGAGGGGGAGCUCGCACGGCUCCACUUCUCCUGGACUGUUGCGAUCCGCAUUGGAAAUACAUCUGCUAGGACAGGGUUAGCCAAUUGCUGGGGUCCGUUUGCCCAAUGGGAAGCCGUUCCGUCAGCGUUACGUGUGUUGGGCUGAAGUUUGUGCUAGGAAUAUCAGUGUAGUUAAUGUCCGAUGCUGCCUUAAACAAGCACAAUGGCUACUGUUGUGCUGCUCCUUCCUCCCAGGGAUCAUACUAGCAAUAACGAAGAGCUUGACCUUCUUCUCUUCCUUGGCGGUUACGUUUCAGAUUGUGCUUUUAACGGGAGUAUUCCUGCCCAAAGUGCAUGAAGGGGCUCGUGCUGGGGACUGCACACUCCCUUCUUCCCCUCUCAAAACGGCUUGAGAUUUGCGGCAAGAAGUAGCAGAUAUCAGGGAAUGAAAGCGCAUGAUUUCAAGGGACAGUGUCAUGGAGGGUUGGCUCAGAAUCGUACCUACCUCUCUUCUCCCUUUGCAGAGUUCAUGUACUGUUUGGUAUAGUUGUAUCCCCCAGAGCAAUUCUUCAACGUGUGAUUAAAUCCAUUGAGGUCGGUAAUCCAGACACUUGGGUCACGUAUACAUGAGCAGAGGAAGGAACCUCUUAAGAGAAUUGGUUUGUUUCAAAAGUCGGGGAUCAGUAGUAAAUUUUAAAGUGUGGUAAAUGAGAGACCUUGACUGCCAAAUGUAAGAAAAAAAUCCCCCAGCUUUCACUAGAAUGAUUGACACCCGCCCUGCCAGGAGCCUGUAGACCUCAGCAGUGUCGGGGUUUGUCUGGAGUCCUUUGGUAACUCCGCCUCAUUUCGUUCAUAUCCGAUCAACCUGCUGGAAGCGGGAACUGCUGUGCUGGGGGCUGGUUACUAGGAGAGAGAAACACUAGGGGGGAUGACUCUGCCUUCAGACCAGAGAACUCUGAGCUCCUAAAAGGGAAGAACAGGAUUGGGACUGGUCUUUACAGUCGGCCGAUUAUUGAAGUGCUUAAAUCGCUGUGGCAGCUGUACGUCUUCAGGAGAGGCGUUUGCAUGCAUCCCGAAGUGGCUGUUGUAGACGGGAUUGCCAUAGCUGGAGUCUUCUGGAGUUCCUCCAUGACCCUGUCUCAAAGCACAAUUAACCUGUAUCUGGGACUCUUGUAACUUCUGCUCUGGGGCAGGAGGCCCUAGAACGGCCUCCGUGUGAUUGUUAGCGUUUGUGGACGUCAGAUGCAAGUAAGACACGUGCUUUCAGUGCAGCAGUCUCCUCUGCCCGUGGCCAAAUCUCAAGUCUGCCCCCGCUGCAAGAACUAGCCCUUUAAAGCUCUAAGGGAGCUCUGGGGGCGGGAACUAAAUACUCCCUAUGCACACCUGCCCUGCUUGCCCCUAACUUGUGUACAGGGAUCUCCCUGGCCUCUGUUAGCUUCGUGUUGCGAUCCUGCCUGGCACGGGGAGCACUGUUUCUCUUACACCAUGUGAGCAGCAGUUUAGGGUGACCACGUGCUGCUGUUGAGGUGCCUGUCGACCACAAAGGGACCAAAGAUAAUUCUGACAUUCCUCAGCACCUGGAAUUGGCCAGUGUUGUGAAUGAGACAUUCCCAGCUGGACAAAAGCAGGGAACUUCAUUACCUCUCCAGGCUAGGACCAGCUUGUAUCUGCAGUGCUCAGGGGAAAGGCUGAGGAGUGGCCAUGCCAGGCCAAUCAAUAAAAUAAGUUAAAGCAUUU